CCCUUCUCCUCUUCCCUCUCCUCCUUUCCCUUCUCCCUUCCCUCCUUCCUUCUCCCCUCUCCUCCUCUCUUCAACCAACAUCCCUCACUGCUCCUGCCGUUUUCAACUUCUACUGGCGUUUAUAAUUGAGUCACUUUCCAUCUGACAUUACAACCAACGAAUCGCAAUCCUGUCAAAAUGAAGCUUUCCGUGCUAUCCGCUGUUCUCCUUCCCGUUCUCAUCCACGCCCAGGCUAUCCCCGACUGCGCAACCGCCUGUCUCUCCUCCGCCAUCGUCGCCGCAUCAUGCACUCCUGGUGACAAUGCUUGCGCCUGCACUCCCGCUAAGCAAGCUGAAAUUGGCACCGCCGGCGCCCCUUGCCUGAUUACCUCAUGCUCCGCCGAAGAGAUUCCUGCUGUCAUUGCGGCCGGAAGCGCGGCAUGCUCCUCCUACUUUGCCACACAGUCUGGCUCUGCGACUGCAACGACGGGCAGCACAGCCAGUGACUCCAAGAACUCCGAGUCUACUGCUGCACCCACCAUCACAUCCGACCGAAGCACCUCUGCCGAAACCACCUCUACCGAAACCACCUCUGUCCCAAGCACCUCAGGCGACUCCAGUGACACGACGACCUCAAGCGACGUCAGCACCACCGAUGGCCCUGCCGCGACGACAACCGGAGGUGGUGGGGCCCAGGCGCCCAGCUCCUCGACUGGCGGUGCGGCUGCCAUGGCCACUGCAUUUGGCGGGGUAGCAAUGGCGCUCUUGGGCGUUGCUGUGGCCUUGUAAGGGCUCUAAGGCUUCGAACCGGCGAGGGACCAACAUUUGAAUGGACAAUCCCCGCAAUGUGUCGUACCUUGGUGGAUAGAUCGGAUUGAGAGAAGAUGAGGCGGACAGGGUAGGAUCACAGAAGUGCCACAGGAACUCUCACGUUACAUUCUUGCUGUAGCCAUGACCAUUCAUGACUUUAAUAAAACACCAU